AUGGGAUUCUUCUAUUUCUGCUUCAGCUUGUUUCUUUCCAUCUCCAUCUCCAUCUCCAUCUCUUCCAUAAAUGCAUGUGAUAGAUGUGUUCAUCAAAGCAGAGUUUCUUUCUUCCCAAAAGCUUUUUCUCUUUCUUCUGGAGCAUGUGGGUAUGGUUCCUUAGCUACAGCCUUGUAUGGUGACCAUCUUGCUGCAGCUGUUCCUAAAAUCUACAAAUCCGGGUCGGGUUGUGGCGAUUGUUUUCAGGUUAGAUGCAAAGAUUCUUCUCUGUGUACCGAAAAUGGGACUCGAGUGAUAGUAACCGAUCUGGCUCAAAGCAAUCAAACAGAUUUUGUGUUGAGUCACAGAGCCUUCAUAGGCAUGGCUAAGAAGGGCAUGCGUCCAUACUUGUUGAAACUUGCUGUUGUCGAUGUGGAAUAUAAAAGAAUACCAUGUGAUUACAAAGGCCAGAAACUGGCUGUGAGAGUUGAAGAAUCGAGUCAAAAACCUAAUUAUCUUGCAAUCAAAAUCUUAUACCAAGGUGGUCAAACUGAAAUCACCGCCAUUGACAUUGCUGAGGAUGGUUCAUCAAACUGGAGUCCUAUGAACAGAAUUUAUGGGGCUGUUUGGGACACCAAUCGAUAUUUGGCGGGUGCCCUGCAACUGCGGUUGUUGGUGAUCUCCGGCUACGACGGAAAGUGGAUUUGGGCCAAUACUGUGCUGCCGGCCGAUUGGGAAAUUAAAGGGGUGUAUAAUUCUCCGAUACAGAUUGAUGAUAUUGCUCAAGAAGGGUGUAGUCAAUGUGAUCAACAAAUUUGGAAUUAA